AUGGACUUUGAAGUGCUUAGUGCGCAUUCGGCCACAGCAACUGUUUCGGAUGGAGUGAAUAGUUUACCCUGUUAUGUAACAGUCACUGUAAACCCAGUGGAUGAACAAUCUCCGACAUGCAUCUCAACAACGUAUUUUGCAAAUAUUGACGAAAAUACUCUGAGCAACAGUGCUAUUGUGCAAGUGCAAGCAACCGACGCGGUCGAUUUGACGAAUGUUCACGGAAUCUCUCCAGACUCAGACACUUACUAUAUUUACGAACACCUCGACAAAUUUCGAAUCGAUCAUCAAACUGGAAUCAUAACUAACAAAGCUAAACUGGACGCUGAGUUGGUUUCUAGUUAUGAUUUUAAUAUUAUCGCCGUUGAUGGUGCCGGAAACUCGGUUACUUGUACCGUUAGUAUUUCUGUUGACGAUCUAAAUGAUAACUACCCGAUUUUUGACCAGAAUGCAUAUACAGUAAUGGCAUACGACAGCGUGGUGGCGCCCAACUUGCUGACUGUAUCGGCAACAGAUAAAGAUUCGGGAGUAAACGCUCAAAUACGUUUCUCAUUGGUCAACGACUUCAGCUCAGUUUUUUCCAUUGAUCCGACAACUGGUGUUAUCUCGAUGACGUCACUCGACUUCGACAAUAUGGCGGUGUCCAAAGUCUACAACUUACAAGUUGUGGCAACUGACCAGGCGUUCAGUCCUCUUUCUACGACUGUCAAUGUUGGCGUGACCUUGAAGCCCAUUAACGAGUUCUCCCCUAUAUUCGUGAGCGCGCCUUACUUCGAAACGAUACCCGAAGACACGCCUCUCGGAAGCGUGUUGUCGACAGUCGUUUCAGCGACAGACGCCGACUCUCCCACGACUGGAGACGGUGUAAUCGAAUACUACAUUGAGCCAAGGAAUGAAUAUUUCGAAGUUUCUGCAUCGGGAAAAAUUAUUGUCUCGGCAGAAUUAAACUAUGACGAAAUGAUUUGGCCUUAUGAAGUAAUCCUCAACAUCUUUGCUAAGGAUCUGGGCACAGAGCCUGGACACAAAUCAACAUCUACGACUUAUACAAUAACGAUUACAAACAUCAACGAUAUUUAUCCGACUUGUGACGACUAUCACUUGAUUUCAGUCGUGUUUGACGACCCAAGUAUAACUUCGGGCAACAUUGCGACUCUGAGCUGCUCGGAUUCCGAGGAUGGUAGCUCGAUUGGGUACCAAGUUGCCGAAGUCAACAGCGACGCGUCGUAUUCCGGUACUCCAAGCUUUGCGAUGUCGGGUAAUCGAUUGACUUUCAGUGGAGGAUCUCUCGAUUACGCAAUUUUGAACUUCUAUUAUGUAAAAAUUCUUUUAACAGAUCAGCCGACAAAUGCUUUGAAUACAACAGUAGGCGUGAGUAUAUAUGUGAACAAAUCAGUUUCAUCCGAUCCAGUUUUCACUCCUAGUUCUUACACGUUUACCAUUGAUGAAAAUUUGAACGCGGGAAGCUUACUCGGCGAUGUAACAACAACAACGGAAGGCGUGAAUAUUGUAUACACGCUUGUAAAUUCCGCCGAGUUCUCAAUUGAUCCGAUAAAUGGAAAACUAUACACAGCAAAAUCACUAGAUUAUGAGCUGAAAAACACGUAUUUGGUAACAGUAAGAGCAUACAUCGACAAAAACGAGGCAGGACUAGCGCCCGGUAUUGUUGGUUAUUCUGAUGCUUCGGUUGCAGUUUCCGUUAAUGACGUCAACGAUAACUCGCCUGAUUUUGGGAGUGCAGCCUAUUCAAUCUCUGUUUCCGAAGCAUCAAUUUCGACUCUUGCCAUCACUACAUCGGAUGCCGACGCGACUGCCCCAAACAAUGUUUUAACAGUUUCUAUAGAUCCGGCUUUUAACGGAGGAACUGAAUCGUCAAGUUUUGUGUACGGCGCUGGUUCUUUGACUAUUAAUGGUGACUUAGGUUUGGAUUAUGAUUUAGGAUCUCGAUCAUACGAGAUCCGACUUUUGGCAGUGGACUCCGGGACUCCCGCACUUACUGGAACUUCAACUGUAUUCAUUGAAGUACUUCCUGAAAACGAGUUUGCGCCGGUUUGGGCUUCUGGCACAAUUUUCAGUGUAAGCGAGUCGGCUUUGGUCGGAACAACAGUAGGAACAGCUACAGCAACUGACGCGGAUGCCAGUGAUUCUCCAGAUGGGACUUUGCGAUACACCAUAACAACGACAAAUCCGAGCUUCUCAAUUGGAUACACGACAGGGGUUGUAAAAUCGAGGACUGUUCUUGAUUACGAGGCAUCAACAACGUUCUCAUUGACUGUUCUUGUAAGCGACAUGGGUUCACCUCUAAGUUCAACAACUGAACUAAUCACAAUUGUAGUUACGGACGAAAAUGACGAGCAGAUGACUUGUGGAGCUUCUGAAGAGAGUUUUUUCUUCCAGCUAGCUGAAACUGCGUCGGCUUCUGGAACAAUAGGAACAAUCACUUGUAAUGGAAGAGACGCGACAGGUUCAAUGAACAACAUCGGCGUGACGUCAUACUCCGUUUCAUCAAAUGUUGCGUGGAUAACUGCAAGUGCCACCGGGUCAACCGUGACUUUAAGCUUCAUCGGACCUGUUGACUUCGAAGCUUUGACUGAUGUCUCUUACUCGGUGACUCUGAACCUCAGGGACAACAAUGGAAACGUGGGUAGUUUUUCUACUCUUCAGAUUUUUGUAGAUGUUGAGAUCACAAAUGUCAAUGAAGUGGCUCCGAAUCUGGCCAACUUACCGAUUGGAAUUAACAUUGACGAGACGUUGGCGAUUGGAACCUCCAUAUUUAACACAACUGCGACCGAUUCAGAUUCCGAUGAUUUUGGAAACUUGAGGUUCUAUUUUACAAAUGGAAAUUCCGAUGGGCAUUACCGAAUUGAAGAGUUUUCAGGGGAAAUAAAAACAGCAAAAACUCUGGACCGCGAAAGUAUUGGCAGCUACGCCUUGGAAAUUGCAGUUAAAGAUGGCGGUGGUCUAGAAACAUCUGCAAUGUUGAGCGUAAAUUUGAAUGAUAUAAAUGACAACCCGCCAGUAUGUAAUCCGUCCGGCCAAACGGUAAAAAUACCUGAAAAUUUCACAAAUGCCGACGGAGCAUUACUCACAGUUGUGUGCUCCGAUGAAGAUACCAUCGUCGAUUCUGCAGCUAACCGAGUUUAUUCAAUCGUUUCUACAGCGCCGUUGGAUGAUUUCGAGCUAGACCCUGUAACCAGAAAUGAACUGAAAGUGAAAUCAGCGGUGACUCUAGAUUACGAAACAAGUUCGAAAUACACUUUGGUUAUUCACAUUUCGGAUUCUGGAGCAGUUCAUACGACAACUAUUUCACUUACGAUCUCGAUUGACCCUGUGAACGAAUUCGACCCGAUGUUUUCUUUGACUAAUUACGAAUGCAAUAUUACCGAAAACGCUUUAGUAGGAGACUUAGCUUGUCAGGUGUCAGCAGACGACUUAGAUUCAGGUCUAGACGGUUCCAUUGAUCUGUCAAUCAUUUCCGGAAACAGGCUUGGAAAAUUUGAAAUCGAUAGUUCAAGUGGUGAAUUAAAAAUUUUGAACAGUAUUGAUGUUGAUAGUUUCAUUCCAUUGACAAAUCCAGCCGUUUUUGAGCUUCAAGUUCUAGCUCGUGAUCGUUCACAAAGUUUGAGGAGAAGUGCCACCGCUACGGUCACCAUAAAUGUGUAUGAUGUAAUUGACUCAAUGCCCGAAUGUGACUAUUAUAUAACAUUGGAACUUUCCGAAUUACAAACCGUUCCCUUAACAUUAAUCGACCUUGACACUAUCUGUUCAGACACCGAUGUCGGAGAGCCUCCGUUUUCCAGUUAUGUAAUCUACGCUGGAAAUCAAGAUGAAAAUUUCCAAAUGUCCGGUUCGAACAUCGAACUUGUGAAAUCUUUAGACUAUGAAACGAAAACCUAUCAUAAUUUGACUUUGAGAAUCUGCGAUGGACAAGUGUUGACUGGCAAUAACUGUGUUAAUAUAGAUUUGUAUUUGCAAGUUCUCCCUGAAAAUGAAUGCGCGCCUCAAUUUUCUAUGCCGCCUUCAGGUUUUUAUGAAACAAGUAUCCCCGAAGAUACUUCGAUAGGACCCUUAAGCUUCUUUUUACAAGCGAGCGAUUGCGACAGACCAACACAAGCACAUGGAAAGAUUUUCUUUGAAAUGGUCAAUGCUGCCAACGACAGCUCGGAAAUUUUCAAUGUCGACAAAAGAACGGGCGAAAUAAUUUUGGGCGGUUGUGUUGACUAUGAUUUCUUUCCGCGAAAAUACGGGUUCGAAGUUCGGGUUUUUGACAAUGUUAUCAACAGCUCUGAUUCGCUUUCAUCGGUCAUCAACGUGACAAUAAAUUUACUAGACGUAAACGACAAUCGACCCAUUUUCAACCCUGCGACUUAUGUCGUGAAUGUAAUUGAUAAUGUCACAGUUGGUACUGUUCUUAAGCUCCUCUACGCUUAUGACCGAGACUCUGGAAAUAAUGGAACCAUUAAUUAUGAAAUGAUAUCUGAAAAACACGAUAAUUUGUUUUACAUGAACGGUAACCAACUUACAUUAUCUGAAACACUUGAUGCCGACGUCCAAUCAAACUACAAGCUGUUAAUUCGUGCAACCGACAACGCCGAGCCGAGUUACCAAUUGUCAUCGACUGCCCUCGUGUCGGUUGUCGUAACAAAACAAAAUGAUGAUCCGCCUGAAAUUGUUCAGAGAAAUGGGACAAUUUUGAGCUUCCCCGAAAACACGCCUAUUGGUUCGUUGCUACUGCAAAUACAAGCAAGCGACCUGGACAGUUCAGCGACAGUUUUUGAAUUCAUGAUUGAAUCAGUAAAGAGUAACCGGUCAAACCCUAUUAAGCCUCAGUAUUUCUUGGCGCACGAUACAGGGCAUUUUUACCUGGCAACCGAAUUUGAUUACGAGGACGGAAAGUUUGACCAAAUAAUCAUUUCAGUCAGUGAUGGAACCAAUUUUCAAAGUUUAGAAUUUACAAUUGAAAUCAUAAACAUUAAUGAACAUCCACCAUUUUGCGACAGUACUUUGCUUAAUAUUCCAGUCAACGAAAACGCUUCAAAAUUGGUGGUUUCAAUUCUGGAACGGGAUAAUUACGUAACCGAUUAUGACUACGUUGCCUCAGGAAUUACAAAUGCCUUGAAAUUUAAGCUCCUGUAUUCCUCAGCUGGGGACAUUUUUGCAAUUGACCCUUUCACCGGGGCCUCUGGAAACACUGGCGACAAUGGUCGUCUCGAACUUAUGAACCCAAUUUUGGAUUUUGAAAGCGAAUUAAAACAGUACAGUUUAAUAUUCGAAGUUUCAGAUGAAGAUUACUCGCCAACUCCCCUAACUUCAACGUGUAAUUUGAAGAUCUUUGUCCAGGAUAUCAACGAUAACCCACCUAGAUUUGAACCAGAAACAAUUUUUGUCCAGUUCUUAGAGCAAACUAGCGCCUCUCAGGGUUUGAAAGUUUCAGACAUAGACGCGAUUUCGACUAUUGCAGCUUGCUGGACCAAUCAUCCGGACUUUUCCGUCGUCAUGGCAACAAAGACUCUGAAAUUUGACUUGGUUGACUCUUUCUUGACAAGAGAGUAUUUGGGCGUUUUAGACAAUUCAAGACUUGAACUGGAGGUGAUGUGUCGUGACGACGGACUUCCGGUACCUCUCACCGGAACACAGACAGUGGUGAUCCAUCUGGAAGAUGUGGACAACAACCCCCCUCUAUUUCCAUCCGCUCUCAUUCCACUUUCGGUCUCGGAGUGCUCACAGCUGGGGGUGCCAGUUUUUUUCACUACAGCUACGGACAUAGACGAAGGUCCGAACGCCGAAGUCGUCUACUCUGUCGACCCCACGAGCCCAGACUUCGCCUCCGCCUCUGAUUGGUCAAUCAACUCGGACGACGGGUGGUCUCCUGUCAUCCAAUUGGACUACGAGUCGGGACAACGAAGCUACGAAUUCUUGAUUCACGCAAGGGGAUUUUUAGACCCCUCAAAAACAGACUCAACAAAUGUUAAUAUCACAAUAUUUAAUUGUAACGAUGAAGCGCCAUAUUACAUGACAGGAACUACUCUCUAUUUCUCAAUUGCCGAAGGCGACUACAAUACUCCGACAACUGUGACCCCAACCAGUCCCUUGACGGGUCUGGCUUCUGUUCUGGACGACGACAGCUCUGGUUUUAUUUUUACCGUUCUCGGAACUUCCGACGAGUUUUUUGUUGUUCCGACAACGGGUGAGAUUCUAACCGCAGUCGCAAGUUAUGAUGCCGAAAGUGAAUCGGAGUACAAUUUGACAGUUCGGGUCAACGACACUGAUUCGCCGUCUUUGUACAUUGAUGUGACGUGUGUUGUCCAAGUCGCAGAUCAGAACGAGUUUGAACCCGUCUGCGGAUCAAGUCAGUAUAUCGAAACAGUUGCAGAAGACACGCCAGUUGGCACAUCGGUUAUAACAGUCACAGCGACCGACGCCGACCAAUCACAAACUGUCGGAUUUUCGAUCGACCGACAAGUUUAUAUCAACGACUCAAACCCAACAGCAGAGAUACCGGCUAACUCGUUCACAAUUGACGCUAACUCGGGUUUGGUUGCCGUUGGGUCGGCUUUAGACUACGAGAAAGGAACUCGGAUUCUUCUCGACGUUUGCGUCACCGACACCGGAUCUCCGAGUACUAAAUCGUCGACUUGUUCGGUGACAUUGAUAAUUAUUGACGUCAACGACAACGCACCUGUUUGGAUUAACACGAGAUCCCCUAAUUUCUACACUCAAGCGUACUCGUGUGACUCGGUGGACUCGGGAUUGUACUCAAUUGCCGAGGUUGAAGCGAUCGACGCCGACGCGGACGAAACUGACUUCGGAACUGUAACUUACGAGUUCUUCGAUAGCCCUGGCAUGUUUGAGCUCGACCAAGUUACAGGAGACAUCUACCUGAAAGUGGGUGCUAGUCUGGAAUGCUACCGGACAUUUGUGCUCACAGUCCAGGCAUACGACUCAGGCUCACCCUCCAAUGAGGCACAAUGCACUGUCAGAAUCGAUACUUUUCCCUCCAGCCAUCACUCAGUGCGAGUGGGACUGAACCUUGCCCUGGAGAGAUUCGAGGGGGAUGUUGGGAACUUCCUCUCCUCCUGCACUGCAUUUAUCCGAUCCACCACAAGUUAUUCUUCCGGAUACUGUGGAUACAUGAACCCCACAAAGUUCAAUUCGCCAACUGCCAGAGAGAGAAGAGCACUCGUCAGUGACACUGAAGUGGAAGUGUAUUUUGUGGUGGAUGAUGGGGCAAGUACAGUGAAUGACCUAGACACCGUCAUGCAGUUCCUCCCGCAGCAAGAACUGUACGACAUUCUGGCAAAAACAGACUACGGAGACCCCACACAACAAUAUAUCGACUCAUACACGUACACCAGUCCCAUAGGAGUGAGUAGCAACCCCAUUUAUUACGUCAGCAGAUCUGAUUCCCCUCCCCCAGUCGGGGACAAGAAGAGGUGGGUGGAGUCGCCGGGAGGCACUGCCGUAUUCGUUUUGCUGGGGCUUCUCGGCUUCAUCCUCCUCUCGGCUAUGAUGCUCUACGCGACGUACUCUAUUGUUCGCUACAUCAGAUCUCGAAAAGUGAUUGGGCCAGACAUGGAGGCCAGGAAGAACUGGAAAAAGGCCAUAAGGAAAGCCAUGCUCAUCAGUCGAUUGUCCACUGCCAAGGCCAUAGACCCAACAACUGGGCGUGUGUACGUGUACAACAAGAUGACCAGGUCCUCCAGAUGGCUGCAGACGGUGACAGGGGAGGCUAUCAAGACGGACCAAGAAUACUGGAUGGAGGAGGUGGAUGAUCCGAAUCCCACCAAGGCAGACACUCAGAGGGAGGCAGUCGAAGAAGCAGACACUGAGAAACGGACAGUCAAAGAAACAGACUCUGAACAGGGGACAUUCAAAGAAGCCGACACUGAGAAGAAGACAGUCGAAGAAGAAGAGGCUGAAAAGGGGACUUUCAAAGAACCAGACACUGAGAAGAAGACAGUCGAAGAAGAAGAAGAAGAAGAAGAAGAAGAAGAAGAAGCUGAAAAGAGGACAGUAGAAGAACCGGAGACGGAACGUGAAGAAAAGCUUGGGUUUGAUUAUGAAGAGCGAGGGCGAGAGAAGAAGGUUUGGUUCGAGAUUCCAGUAGUCGAGUGAACAGAGAGGAAGGAAAGUACGAACAAAACAGCUACUGACGAAAAAAUAUAUUAUCAAAACAUUGAUUUAAUUCAGAAAAACUGGGGACAAAUCUACAAUACGAAAUGAAGAGCAAAAACUAGUCUUAGGACUGCUGUGUAAUGAUUUAUGACUUUUUUUAACCCAGUAGUGACAAAUUUGUGAAUCAAUGAUAU